UGCACCCCUUAAAAACACAACUAAAGACUUUUUCAGUUCUCAACACCCUCUCCAAAACACAAACACUACCACCAUGGUCUCCCUAGAAAGUGUUCAGGCAACCUUUAGAUCCACAGAGCUUACAUCGAGCCCUCGAAUCUCUUUCUCUUCCGACUUCCUUGAUGACAAGAAUUUCAUCUCCAUAACCCCAAAAGCUGAUCAAACCAGCAGAAACCAUGAUACAGAACAAGAGAAAGCACGUAAUCUAGACUUUGAGUUUCUCUCCAGCAAUGCUCCUAGUGAUACCAUGUUAACAGCAGAUGAGCUCUUCUUUGAAGGUAAGCUGCUUCCCUUCUGGUCAAUGCAUCAUGCUGAGAAACUCAACAGGAUCUCCCUUAAACCAAAGGAGUUGGAGGAGGAAAAUGAGAAGAAGAAGAAAGAGGAGGAGAGUAGAGUCAGCUGGUUCACGGAUGAUGACCCAUCUCCUCGGCCCCCUAAGUGUACUGUUAUAUGGAAGGAACUACUAAGACUGAGGAAACAGAGGGCAUCUUCAUUGUCACCAUCUUCAUCUUCUUCAUCAUCUUCUUCGGGUUCACUUGCUGAUAUGUGCUCUAUGGAUGAUAGGAAAGAAGGCAAGGAAAGACCAUGGAACAGAGAGAAGCAUGUGAAGAGGAUAAAGAAAGAGGUGGAGAGGACAAGAUCAGCUAGUGUAAGAAUAAGGCCAAUUGUCCAUGUUCCCCCUUGCACUCAAGUAAAGACUACUGCAUUCCCAUCCUUGUUUUCUCUUAAGAAAGGAAGUGUUGAUAGGUAAACAGGGUGUAGGAUUGCAGUUAGCUUGUUUUAUAGGAUUUGUCCAAAAUAUUUAUCAUUUCUUUUUUCAUAUUUAGAUGAAUUAUGUUGAGUU